AAAUACUUAGCUAGCUAGCUCUUGUUACAAUGUCCUCGUGCUCAGUUCGCAUACGUUAAUUUUGGAGAUAGAUUAGCCUUUUAUGAAAAAUACUAUUUAGUAUUUCAAUAUACUGCCAUACACUGUGUGGGCUAGGCCCCGCCCAUCCGUAGAGGUAAACAAAGUAUCGGGAUCGAGCUGGGACAUAGCAGCCAUCGUCACCCCACUCGAAUCGUCGCCUGUAAAUGGAAAUAACUAUCAUUUCGCUAUGAAUUGCCGCUCAGAAGUGCUUGAAGUAACAGUGGAGGCGAGGCAGGUUGAAGAAGCUAUGCUGGCUUUGCUGCACACCAUUUUACUGCAUCGCAGCUCCGGGAAAUUUCACUACAAAAAGGAGGGCACCUACUCCAUAGGUACCGUGGGCACACUCGACAUCGACUGUGACUUCAUCGAUUUCACCUUUGUCAGGGUGUCCUCGGAGGAGCUGGACAGAGGGAUCCGGAGAGCUGUGUCUGAAUUCAAGGAUGCGUUGAGCAUCUCUGGCAGCGACGGCAUGGGGCAAAUCUCCCUGGAGUUCUACCAGAAGAAGAAGUCUCGCUGGCCUUUUUCUGACGAGUGUAUUCCCUGGGAAGUGUGGAGCAUCAAGGUCAACGUUGUCAACCUGGCCAACGAGCAGGAGAGACAGAUCUGCAGGGAGAAAGUGGGCGAGAAGCUGGGCGAGAAGGUGAUCAAUGUCGUUGAGGUCAUAAACCGCCACGAAUACCUGCCAAAGAUGCCCACCCAGUCUGAAGUGGACAAUGUUUUCGACACCAGCCUCAAAGAUGUCCAGCCCUACCUUUACAAAAUCACAUACCAGAUCACAGACACUCUGGGCACCUCUGUAAGCACAACAAUGAGACGGCUGAUUAAAGACACCCUGGCACUGUGAGGAUGCUCCAAGACAGAAAGAAGAAAGAUCUGGAUGGUUUUAUCCAUAAAAAGUAUCUAUAGUCUUG